AUGGCUAACCAAUCAUGGAUCAAUAAGUAUGAUCUUGUUGAAGCGGUGUUUCUCAAUGAAGGUAUAUUCGACCAUACACCUGGAAUUUUGACUCUUUAUCCUAAUGUGAAUUCUAAAGCAAAUUGGAUUCAGCAAGGUGAUUGUAACACGGCUCUCUUCCAUGCUUGCAUUAAGCAAAGGCAGAGGCAAAACCGUAUCCUUUCCAUUGAAAGAUAUGAUGGUAGCAGAGUCCAUGAACCAGAGCUAAUCAUGGUGGCAUUCUUGGAUUACUACAAAGGGUUACUUGGGUCAAAAAUGGAGCAGAGAAGGAAAGUAGAUGCUAGAAUAAUAGCCAGGGGACUGGUUCUAACAAAGGAGCAGAUAAUUGGCCUUACUCAAAGAUUUACUAGUGAAGAAGUGAAGAAGGCAGCCUUCAGCAUACCUGGAAAUAAAUCUCCCAGACCGGAUGGGUUCUCAAGUAACUUUUUUCAAGAUGAUUGGGAGCUCAUUGGAGAAGAUAUCAGUGGUGCAGUGAUAGCAUUUUUGGAAUCAGGUAACAUUCUUAAAGAGAUUAAUUCUACGAUCAUUACUCUGGUUCCUAAAUGUAAAUGUCCUAACUCUGUUAAAGAUUUUAGGCCAAUUGCUUGUUGUUAUGUUAUCCAUAAGAUUGCAACAAAACUUUUGAGCUCUAGAAUCAGCAAUAUUCUUCCUGAAAUAAUUUCCCAUUCACAAGGGGGAUUUACUAAAGGAAGAUUCAUAGGACAUAAUAUCAUGAUUUGCCAAGAUUUGGUGAGACACUACUGCAGGAAAGCCAAUAAGCCAAGUUGUAUGAUCAAACUUGACCUCCAAAAAGCCUAUGACACAGUUGAGUGGGAGUUCCUGGAGGAGGUUCUAAUUGGGCUCAAUUUCCCCAGCACAUUUAUUCAGCUCAUAAUGAAUUGUGUGUCUACUCCAAAGUUCUCUCUUAUGUUCAAUGGGACCUUACAUUGUUUCUUUGCAUCUAGGAAAGGACUUAGACAAGGAGACCCCAUGUCUCCCCUGUUGUUUGUACUGGGUAUGGAAUACUUUUCUAGAUUAAUGGGGAAGAUUGGAGAGAAGGAAGAUUUUCACUUUCAUGACAGAUGUAUAUAUAUAAGUUUUCUUACUACUGGUAUGUCUGGUCAAGCUUUUCAAGCUUUCAUCAGCUAUAGUAGACCUGUACACGUUUUCCUUCCCAAGAAUGAUCUGAAACAAGCUUUUGUGAUCCUUACAAGAGUUUUACUUGAAUACGAGUGUGUUAUACAUGUUACAAGCCUUAAAGCUCUUCUCAUUAACAUCAGCAAGAUUGUGUGGAUAGGAUUUUGCAACUUUCAGGCUUCUAGAGACAUGAGCUCCCUUUCACAUAUUUGGGAGUUCCAAUUUGUGCUAAUAAGAUAUCCAGGAAAGAAAGCUUACUGGAGUCAAAUCAUAAUCAUGCCCAAAAGAAUCAUGAAUUCCAUUGAAGCUAUCUGUAGAGCUUUCUUAUGGAAAGGACAAGCGAUGUUUUCUGGUGCAGGUGCUGUGGCCUGGGACAAUGUAUGUCAACCUAAAUCUAUUGGGGGAUUAGGCAUCACAAAGCUUGAAACUUGGAACAAGGCUGCCAUGUCCAAAUACAUUUGGGCAAUCUCGAACAACCAAGAGAGCUUAUGGCUAAGGGAAAUAAAUAUGCUAUCAACGCAGGAUACAAACUGUUCAGCACCCCAAAACCGAAAACUCAUUGGAGAAAAGAGGAAAACCAACCAAUGCUUGGUAGAGAUCAAGUCUUGGCUGGGUUGGAAAGCUAUCACCUUCAAUGUACAGCAGCUUGUCAAAUGGAUUGGGAGGGCAAAAAUCUCAAAAUUCAGGAAAGCCAUAUACAGUGUUGCGGUUGCUGCCAUGGUGUACACUGCUUGGAAACUGAGGAAUGCUGUCCUAUGGCAGGGUGCACAAGUAGACACCAAUCGAAUGAUUGAAGAGGUUAAAUGGAGUCUAAGGACUUGGGUACAGAAUUUCCUUCCAAAGAAACUCUCAAGUGUAGAUAAAGAGUGGUUUUUUGCUCUAUAG